AAUCAUUUCAGCUGCCACGUGUCAUUCUUUUGUUUGUCCGUUUGGGCGGCCUCUCUCCUAUAUAAAGCGAUGUCCUCCCUAGGAUUUCUUCACUUGCAAAUCUUCGAUUUAAAAAAACCGCCCGGCCGCUUCUACUACUUCCGAGUCCUCCGAGUCCUCUUAUUCCAAGUAACUCUCUUUCUUUCUUCUUCCUCGAGUCAUGUCUGACCACGAACACAGCCUGAAUCCUUCCUCUGAUUCUGAGCGCCCGGCUACUUCUCCACAGAAGAAGCCGGUUGAUGCUUCCACUUGUGCUCCUUCUUCUUCCGUGGCGCAAGUGAUCUCGGUUGCCCAACCUGGGGAUGAGGGCUUCGUUCUGUUGGACGACCGAUUGCUUCAAACGCAAUCGUCGAUCAUGCAGAAGGCCCAGGUCCACGAGGUCAAACCAACAGAGGCCUUUGACCUGGUUGCCUGGGAAACCACUCUCCGGGCCGGGGAUGCCUCCACCCGCGGUCUUUACCAUGUCGGGAAGUGGAGCGUCUACCCCGGCUGGGAGACUGACCCUGAGCCGGAGAUUGUCCUAACUGGGGUGAUCCCCGAAGCCAUCCCCAUUAGCCGGGUGAAGGGAUCCAAAGCCCUGGCCACAGCCACCGCCGGUCCUUCACGCCCGGCGAAGAAGAAGAAGGAGAAAGUGGUGAAGUUCCGGUCGAAAUUUGCCAUCCCCCAGAUCGUGGUUGAGGAACCCUCCACUGCUCGGCCACUCAACCCCCCAACCAGCCAGCCUCUCUCUCUGGAGGAGCAGCCGGCCCAAUCCCACCAGGGGACCAGCCAGCCCAUACAUUCGGGGGAGCUCUACAUCAAUGUCGGCCGGAUCGGUGAAGAGUACUUUGCCCGGAUGGUGAAGUCAAAAGAUGAGGAGAAGGCCCGGAUGGAGGCCAUUCUGGUCGAAUGCAGGAAGGAUGCCCAGGCUGCCCGCGCCCAUGCGGAGAAGAUGGAGGCCAAAUGGGUAGAACUCUGCGCGGUCUACCGCCAACUCUACGCCAAGCACGAUGGACUUCUAAAGGCCGCGAAAGAUGCUGAUGACCAAGCCCAGGCCAAGAUCCAGCUCCUGGAGGCUGAAAAUGCUCGGUCGGCUGAGGAGAUCACCCGGCUUGGAGAUAAGCUGGAAAAAGAGCGCUCAGAAAGGGCUUCUCUGGCUGCCGCAUGGGCUGUUCAGGCGCCUGAGGAGUUUGCUUCCCAAGCGCUUCCUGACCGGGAGACCGCCAUCCGCUUCUUCCAAGGCCUGUACAAGCACAAGGUGUCGGCCGGGAUCGUGGAUGAGAUCGGCACCUUUGGUUACGAGAGCGGUCAGUACACGGAGCGGCGGGCCCUCUAUGGCAUCCUUGAGCAGCGAAUCCAAGGAUUUCGUCCCAAGGCUCUAUCUCUGCCCGAUCUGCACGACGAGGAACCGGUCCCUCCAUUCCCUGGAAUCUGACUCCCCUGGCUUUAUCUUUUAUUAUAUUUUUUUUUUACUUCCCGUGUAAUGAUCUGCCUGACGCUUAAAUAUUAACGCAAGUGUUUUUCUUCUAUAUAUUUUCUUCAACUUGAGAUUCUUUAACCGUUUAGAUUAGUAAAUAA